CGCCGACCGGGCUCUGUGCGUGGUCGCUAGGAGCCGUAGGAAGGAAAACGCGCGCGCGCGCAGACCCUUUCCCCGAGGCCUGACGGGACCGAGAGAGGCCCUCCGCGCGUGAGGCCAAGAUGUCAGAAGACCUUGCAAAGCAGUUAGCUAGCUAUAAAGCUCAGCUCCAGCAAGUUGAAGCUGCAUUGACAGGAAAUGGAGAUAAUGAAGAUUUGCUAAAACUCAAAAAAGAUUUGCAGGAAGUUAUAGAAUUAACCAAAGACCUUCUUUCAACACAACCUUCAGAAACUCUUGCAAGUUCUGACAGUUCUGCUUCUGCUCUCCCCAGUCACACUUGGAAGGUUGGAGACAGAUGUAUGGCAAUAUGGAGUGAAGAUGGACAGUGUUAUGAAGCUGAAAUUGAAGAAAUUGAUGAAGAGAACGGUACGGCUGCAGUCACCUUUUCGGGAUAUGGCAAUGCUGAAGUAACCCCCCUGCUCAAUCUGAAGCCUGUGGAAGAGGGAAGGAAAGCAAAGGAAGACAGUGGCAACAAACCAAUGUCCAAGAAAGAAAUGAUUGCUCAGCAGCGAGAAUAUAAAAAGAAGAAAGCUUUGAAAAAGGCUCAGCGAAUCAAAGAACUAGAGCAGGAACGAGAGGAUCAGAAAGUCAAAUGGCAGCAGUUCAACAACAGAGCAUAUUCAAAAAACAAAAAAGGCCAGGUAAAGCGAAGCAUCUUUGCUUCUCCUGAGAGUGUAACAGGGAAAGUUGGAGUUGGGACGUGUGGAAUUGCAGACAAGCCCAUGACACAGUACCAAGAUACAUCCAAGUACAAUGUCAGACAUUUGAUGCCCCAGUAAUAGAGGGGUGAAAUGACUAAACAUCACCUCUGCAGGGCUUUACAUUUAUCUUUUUAUUGUUAUAUUUUUCUAAAAGUAAACUAUUGGUGCAUAGUGAAAAUGGUUGUUGCCAUCAGUUGGCUUAUGCUGGUACAAGCCUUAAGUAAAACAAUAGAUGUUUAGAUGACCCCUUUACUGUUCUAAAAUGAAACUUGCAUAAAUAUGCACAAGUCAGACUGUUGAGGAAGUGCCCUUUGCAGUAUCCUGAAGUCUCUCUUCUGUAGUGUCCUCAUGGGGAAUGAAACAAAUGAUUGUGUAAUAAAACAGCCACCCUAGCUAUCUUGCUCUUUCUUAUGUGCUUUCAGUCCUGUCAUCUUGCAGGGACAAACGUCGAGCGCUUUUUAUCUCUGGAGAGCUAGUUCAGGUGAGAGAUUUACCUGCAUUUCAUCCUAGUUUGAAUUGAAGAUGAAAUGUUAAUUGAGAACAGCCUGAGUGUAUUACUGUUUCCCAGACCUUUCCAGAAUCAGUGCUUGGCCUGGCGGAUUACACCACCCUAAACCCAGGUUGGGAGAAAGGGGAGGAAUGCCUGCUUUCUUGGCUUGCACCAGCCAAGGAAGCAGACAUAUACUACUAUAUACUGGACCAUAUACUCUUCAGUUAAGGAUGAUUCAUGAGCCAGACUGUGCUGGUCAGGAAAUGUUAAAAUCUUUCCUCUGAAUUAGCAAAAUCAGGGAUAGACAAAGUUUAGCCACAAUUCAUGCUUGGCAUUGACUCUACUGCUCCCCUGAGGUUAAGGGACUUGGCCUUGGCACUGAUGUGGUGCUCAAUUCCAUAAGUAUUUUGAGGCUCUGUGUGUCUGCAGGGGUGUGCCUUUGUUCUCCCUCCCCUCCUUCUCCAAGCCUGGAUAAAGGUACAAUGGGAGCUCAUCUUUGUCACACUGAGCCUCAGAGUGGUUUGGAGAGUAAGAAGUGUAUCACUGUUUCCCAAGCCUUUCUAAAAUUUGUGCAUGGUCUGGGAGAAUUCUCCACUCUAACCACAGUUUGGGAAAAAGGUGAAGGAAUCUUCCAGAUCUCUUGGGAUUUUGAAAAGAUUGGAAAGCAGCACGAUGUCUUGCUGCUUUUCAAGGCUUCUCAUGAUGGAAACAGAUUCCCACCCACCCUCUUUGGAGGCUGGCAAAGCGCUGGGGAAAUACAGCUGAAUUCAGCAUAAGAUCUUGGCGAUUCCUAUAGUUCAUGAGAAGGGUGCGGCUUGUGGCAGGCUGGAAAGUGUUUUUGUGGACCGCUGAGCAGAAUGCAUUUGAUUGGACACUCCACAGCAGGUGUAGGCAAUGUACUGCCCUUCAGAGAUUUUGGACGACAGCUUGCAUAAUCUCUAACCAUUGAUAUUUUGGCUGGGGCUGAUGGGAGCUGUAGCCCAAAAGCUUUUGAGGGCACCAGGUCUGCAACAUGAGUGGGGAAACUGUGGCCCUCUACAUGUAGUUGGACUGCUGGCUAGGGCUGGUUGGAUUUUGAUUCCAGAGACAAGUUCUGGUCCACAGGAUAUAUCCAUGGGCUGAGUAAGAUUUAGAUUAGCACUUUAAAAUUUGGGAGAGUCAUAUGCUACACUCAGAAGUUCUUUUUUUGACUGGAGAAUUGGUGAGUUCUUUGAUGCAUUUGCGUUACUGAUAAGUAUAUAGCAAAUCACCCAGAGUGCGUGGAAUAAAUUUUAUGUCUUAUCCAGCUAUUUAACUGCAACAGGAGGUUCCUCUCAUAAGAAUGCCUAACUUCAACUACAUUAGUAUUGCUGGGCCAUCUUGAUUUUAUUUGGGAAACCAUGUGUAAAAGUUCUGGCCUUUUUGUAUCUCGUGGAUGCAAUUGCUUCCCUUUGCCAUAUGUAUUGCUUAGGGUAGUAGUGCCAUCUCUCAAUCUUGAAAUGUGUUUGAAGCAAAAAGUUAAUGUAUAGCCCUGUAUACAGUGUAGAUAAUUAUUUUUGUAAAAUAUGGUGUUAAGUUAAUGAACAAGACUGGAUUUAGUUAUUUCUCCUACUAAAUAAUUCAAGAGUAAUUCUUGCUCAUUAAUCUGAACUCCAUUUGCCAUGUAUAUUAUGUUGUAGUUCCUUUUUGUAAUUUGUUUUCUGAAUUAAACCGAGAUCAGGUACCAUCAGCAUUUGCUGAUGCACUGAUUAGUGAAAAUGUCUGUCAGUUUACCUGAGUCUAAAAUCCAUAUCUAGUAAUUUAGAAGCCAUCCGUAGAGAGAGGUUCUUCCUGUCAACAGAAGGAGGAGGUAAUUUUUAUGACUGUGUUGAUUUCAGUUUUGUAUGUUUAACUUUUAUUAAAAUAAAAUGUUCAAAAUCCUU